AUGAGGAUGCAAGCAUUGACAUUUGUUUUGGACCCCCUGAAAUUUCCACAAAAACUCCAGCGGUAUGAAGGGAGGCAAUGGCUGCCAUUGCCACAAAUCCAUGAGAUUUUCCCAGCGGAGGCGGAGCAGAUUGAUGACGAGAUUGCCGACUUGCGACGACAAGAAGUGGAGGACCUUCGACAACUCCAAGAGGAACUGAAGAGUCAAGCUCCAAGUGAGGAGGACUUGCGCGUGGAGGCACUUCGACGUCAGCAAGAGCAGAUCGCCAGGAGAGUAAGCCUCAAGAAGGCCAAGAAGCAUCCGAGAGCUCAGAGUCCUCCGACUCCCCCUGCGCCGUGGCGCUGCUACCUGGACAUUGACACAGGCUCCUGGUACUACCACAACGAGGUGACCAAUGUCACGUCCUGGGAGUUGCCCUCAGUCCUGAUGCGCGACCGACCGCCAGCGCCACCGAAGCCCUGGCAGUUGGUGGCACACAGCUCCAGUGGCAGAUG